AUGUGUUCUAUAUUAGUGAAGCGUUUGAUUUACGUACCAAAUCGUUAUUUAUUUAAGUGCAUUAGUACGGAAAGUCCAAGAGUUAGAUUUGCGCCGAGUCCUACAGGCUAUUUGCAUUUAGGAGGUUUACGCACUGCUUUAUACAAUUAUUUGUUUGCUAAAUCUCGCAAUGGAACCUUUAUACUACGUAUAGAAGAUACAGAUCAGACAAGGAAAGUAGAAGGUUCUGUAGAUGCAUUGGUGAAUGACUUGCAAUGGGCGGGCAUUGAAUGUAACGAAGGACCAGGAAUAAAUGGGAAAUACGGUCCUUAUAUACAGAGCGAAAGGUUGAAUAUUUAUCAAGAGUAUAUAACAAAACUCCUCGAGAAUGGUUCAGCAUACAAAUGUUUCUGUACUGAGCGUAGACUGAACAUAUUACGCAGAGAUGCACUAAAGUCACAAAGGAUACCUAAAUAUGAUAACCGAUGUAGAAGUUUGUCUCCUGAGGACAUAAAACAGAAGAUGGAUGCUGGCAUUCCAUAUUGUAUUCGAUUCAAGCUAACAUCAGACUGCCAGUACUUUGAAGAUCUAAUAUUCGGCAGUAUAGCAUACGACGUGUCUCUAAACGAAGGGGACCCAGUGCUAAUGAAGAGUGAUGGUUACCCAACAUACCACUUCGCCAACGUGGUGGACGACCAUUUGAUGGAUAUCACUCAUGUGUUGCGAGGCGUAGAGUGGCAGAUCUCUACUACCAAGCAUUUGCUGAUUUAUAUGGCGUUCGGUUGGAAGCCGCCGCAGUUCGGCCACAUGCCGCUGAUAGUGAAUGCGGACGGUACUAAACUCAGCAAGAGGCAGAGUGACGUCAAAGUUGAAGACUAUAGAACCAAUGGUAUAUUCCCGCUGGCGCUAGUGAACUACAUAACUUUGUCUGGCGGUGGGUUCGAGCACGUGCCGGGGGCAGGCCUCAGACUCAAGACUAUGGAAGAAUUGGCUGGAGAGUUCCAGAUUGACAAAAUAUCAUCACACCCAAGUCGACUAAACCCCGACCUACUAGAAGAAAGCAAUCGCUUAGAAAUUAAACGGAGACUAAAAGACGAAGAUGAAGCAAAAAGCCUAGUAUCCAAUCUACAAGAAUUAAUAACUAAAACUUAUCCGGAACACAAACACAAUUUGAAUUUGACAGAGGGACAUGUUAAAUCCAUUUUGAACUGGUCAGCAUCACGAAUUUCAAGAAUAGAAGAAUUAUCUUCUAAAAAAUAUGGUUUUCUAUGGAUUUUGCCUAAGAGUACUGCAAAGGUUGACCAGGAACUUUUAAAGAAAUUGGUAGAUAAUUUGGAAGGAUUGGAGAAGUUUGACCAGGGUAGUCUAAAGGAGAGUUUGAGGAGUUUCUCUGCGCAGAAUGAUGUGAAGUUUCCGGCUCUGAUGAAGAUGCUGCGGUCGGUUAUAAGUGGGUUGGAUGAAGGACCAGGAGUCGCGGAGAUGAUGGAUUUGUUGGGCAAGACACAGUCGUUAGAGAGAAUUAAAGCUGUUGUACGAUAA